UGUGGGUGAACCCUGCCCAAGGCGGCGCUCGCGCGGCUGCGGCUCGAGCGCGUGUCGGUCGAGGCGCGGGUGCGCAUCUUCUGGCACCCGCGCGCGCAGAAGGCCAAGGUCGUGAUGCUGAGCGAGCCGCCGCCCAAGGUGGUUGAGCUGUCGCACGAGCUGACGGUCCUGCGGUCGUGCGCGGUGCCGCCCGAGCUCAACCAGCGGCUGCUCGAGCUGGUGCUGCCAAAGCUGGCGGGCAAGUUCUUCGACAUCGACCUGAAGCCGCCCCGCGGCGAGGACGCCGCGCCGGACAGCGGCGACGAGGCUGCGGGCAGGGCGGGCAUGAAGAAGACGAAGAAGAGCUCCUCGGGGAAGAGGAGCCCGCGGGGGGAGGGGGAGUCCGAGGCCAAGGUGGACGACGAGGCCGCGGACGACGAGUGAGGCGGGGGCGCACCGCCGCGCACCGCUCCUCGCAGAGGCGUCUAUUGCACCAGUGGCGCUGUCGCCGGCCGAGCCGCUCGCCGAAUUUGUUGCGCGAACUGUGAUUAUGCUUAUGGCGCUCUCUUCCGCCUCCCCGUGUCGUCUGCUCUCUGCAACUAACUGCAUCGCCUGGCGAUGGGUCCUCCAUCGUCGGUUGCGGUCGCCGCGCCCUCCUCGACUCCUGCGACUCCUCGUGCCUCUUGUUACCUACGUUCCCUCGGCGGCCGAUGCCGUCCGCUCCGACUCCGCCGUCCGCCGCGAUGCCCUGCUCUCGUCUGCGCUAGUUUCUGCUUCGUCAGUAGUUCAACC